CCUAGGGGUCAGGAUUUGGUGCCAGGCUACAUCCCCCUCCUAGUCAUGCCCAGCAGGCCAGGUAUAGCAGCUGUAUGUUUUCCACCCCUGAUUUAAUGGCAGGAGCACUGAAAUACUUCUGAAGGACAAUGUGAAGCCAGCAUUAUUGUUACAGUAUUGCCAGUCUCUCUAGCUGACCUUCCUAUAUAAUCUUCUGACUUUCCUGAUGCCCCUAGAUGAGCUGAGUUUUGUACAGCACUUUUAAGAUGUUAAUUGUUGGCAAAGCAUUAUCUUAGUUCCCUUAGCCUCUCCCCUGUCAGCAGGCCCUGCUUGUUGGAGCCCCGCGCUAGAGGAAAGGGCAGGGGCAGCACAGCGCACGCUAACUGCCGCUGUGCCUCUUGUCAGCUGCCACCUCCGUCUCAAACAGCCACGUCCGCUGCUGAAUGGCCACUGGUCUCCUUCCAGAUCACAACCGCAUCCUCUGGAUCUAUCAGACCAGUGGCCAUCCUCUUCCAGCCUCCAGGUCUUUUACUGCUGCCCCUGCCCCCGGGCUGUGACACCCCCCCCCGGUCCUUGCCUCCAUGCUGCCCGGUUCCAGAACCUUCCCCCAGCCGCUUUCCGGUGGCAUGUCUCAGUAACGGCCCCCUCCACCUCCUGCGUCCUCACCGCAGACACACGGGCCUGGCCCCAGGCUCGCUGAGGCCUGUCACCUAUGGGACAGUAUUUGAUUCAUUCAGUAUGUCGUCAUCUUCUUCCAGCCCAAGUACCUCUUCUUCAUCGUCAGCUUCUCUAAGCGAAAAUGAAAGUAAAAUAAACCUCUUAUGUACCAGCUCAUCUGAGUUGGUCUUACAGCCACAAAGUGAAGACUUUACCAAAGAUUUGUCUUGUACCCUGUGCCUGGAAUGGUUUAAAGAUCCAGUGAUAUUGCCUUGUGGCCACAACUACUGUAAAUCCUGCAUUGAAGGCAUUUGGGUCAAGAUGGUAGUCUGCUCCUGUCCCGAGUGCCAAGCAGAGUUUCCAAAUAAGCAGUACAUUGCUAACUCUGUGUUAGGAAAGGUAGUAGAAAGAAUCCAGGCCUUUCACAUGGAGAGAUUCCAGCAGAAAUGCAGGGAACACUCUGAGCCCAUUACACUGUUCUGGAAGAUGGAUGGGAAACUGGCGUGCUUUCUCUGCAGAGAUUCCCAGAAGCCUGAAGAUCAAAGCUCCCAAUUCCUUCUCCUGUCAGAUGCUGUGCAAUUGUAUGUGGAACACCUGAUCUCGGCCAGAACUCAAGUGGAGUCCACUCUGCAGGAAUUAAAAACAGUGAAAAAUGCUCAGCAAGAGAAGAUCUCUUGUCACAAAGAAAACAAGAUGCUUCUUCAACAAAACAUCAGCUUACAGUGUCUAAAACUUCACCAGUUCCUUCAUAGCAGGGAGAGAAGAUUAAUGAAUGAACUGCAGGAAGAGGGGAAGAUCUGCCUUCAAGAAAUGGAAGCAAAUCUAAAUAUUCUCCAAGAAAAGUGUCACCAAGCAAAGGAGACACUGUUACGCAUUCAGUCCCGGCUUUACCAGCACAAUUCCAUCAGCUUCCUAACAGGUAUAAAACCCUUUAUGGAAAGCUUGGAGAAAAAUAUAUCCACUCUAUCUAAGGGGGACAUGGUCUCCCAAGAGCUGAACCUGGGACAACUCAAAGGUCCAAUCCAAUACACUUUGUGGAAGGGCAUGAAAUCCAUCCUCAACCCAGGUCUGUCCUCUAUAACUCUGGACCCUAAUACAGCACAUCCAAAUCUCAUUCUGUCUGAAGAUCUGACUUGUGUGAGACAUGACAACACAAAACAGAUGCUCCCAGACACUCCAGAGAGGUUUGACUCCAGUGUUGCUGUCCUGGGAUCUGAAGGGUUCACCUCAGGGAAACAUUAUUGGGAAGUGGAAGUAAAGAACAAGACAAAAUGGACUUUGGGAGUGGUUAAGGAGUCCAUUAACCGGAAAGGGAACAACACGUUAACACCCAUGGAUGGAUACUGGCUUAUAAAGCUGAGGAACAGGAAUGAACUUAAAGCACUGGAUAGACUCACAAUGAGUCUGACACUGAAUACUAACCUUUCUAAGGUUGGGGUGUAUCUGGACUACGAGGGGGGACAGGUGUCCUUUUAUGAUGUUAAUAGGAUGUCUCAUAUCUAUACUUUCAUGGACACUUUCACAGAGAAAAUUUACCCAUACUUUUGUCCAUGUUUGAAUGACUCUGGAGAGAACAGUGAACCACUGAAAAUAUUCAGCAAGAGGGACCAGAUGUAACAGCAAGUCUACUGGCAAAACACAUGUUUGUAGACACCAGUGUUUGAAGCCAUAGGCCUUAUAAAAUUAAUAGCAUGCCAUUCUCUAAAACUGGUGAAUAUGCUGCAUAUAGCUUUGCAGUCCCUUCCAACCCACACAGUAUCAUUAGUGUUUAGCUUGUAUCACUCUUACCUUUGAUGUUUUCUUAAGAUUUUUUUUCUAGUAUAGGGGAAUAGUCUGGGGAUUGGAAGGGUUUUCAGGUAAUAUACUCAUGGGCAGGAGCUUUGCCUUGCCUGUUCUGGCUUAUCUCACAGGUCUGUGCUAAGGGACAACCAUACUCCUCAUUUGACAAAUGUAACCAGAUUUUUUGGGCUGAGAUCUUGAAAAGGUGGGAAACAAACUGAGCAAGUCCAGUGAGGAUGGGGUAAGACACUACUAAGGUGCCAGAUGAGAGUGGCAUUUGGCUAAAAUACAGGGAAGAGGGGAUAUCUGGAUAAGAGAGGGUAAGUCCUAGGAAGGCGCUGAAGUAUUGUGGGGAGAGUGCUGAAAAUUACUAUAUUUCCAUCAUUGUUCAAUGGUUAAGGGGACCUUCUUUGGCAAGGGUUAGGUCAGUCUUCUCUCUGCUCACAUGUCCAGCGCUGGGGAUAUUCUGUUCAGUCAGUUUAGUGCUUGACAUACCAUUCUCUAUAUACAUGUAAUUUAAAAUGAUAAAAUUAGAAACGGGUAGGGGCAAAGAUGAAAUACAAAGAACAACAGAGGAUUUCUGACAGCUACAGAGAUUUUAUUGCUAAACACAAGCAGGGCAAACAAAGCGGACCUGUGGUGACCAAGAAUUGUACUAAAGUUGGAACAGGUUACCACUGGCUGCUGGCAAUGAGCCAGAUCUUUAAAGGGAUUUAGGUGUCUAAGGAUACAUGGAGCUGCCUACUGGGAUUUUCUAAGACACUUAUGUGUAAAUUCAGCUAAGUGCCUUUUUGCAUGUUUAGGUGCCUAAAUAUACCAUAAUUGACAAAUCUGGCCUAGGAACUCAGCAAGGCCAAAAGGAGAGAGAUUUUCCCUCUCAGUUACUUAUUGCCAUUUUGCAGCUAUCAGCUCAAUCUCUGUCUUGUCUCUGUACCAGAAUGCCCAGUUCCACUGUCCUCUCAUGUAAAGUGUUUUUUUUCCCCCCAGAGUAAGCUCUAUUAAGUUAUGAAUGAGGAGGAUCUAGGAAGUCAGACCACAGCACUACUGAAAUAUAUAGCUAUGAGAAAGAUGCUUCAGGCAAGAAAUAAAUUCACUUGAAAGCUAACCUCUUAACUUUGAAGUCAAUAACAAAUUUUCAAAAACCUGAAUGGGGGAAGGACAAUCACCAGACCUUCUGGUAAUUAAGAAUUUUAAAACCCUCAAAAGUAGUGCAGAAAAGUGGGAGAAUGGGGUGGAAUGUAAAAAUAUCCAGAUAUUGGGGAUCUGGGAGGGAGGAGAUAUUCCACAUGUGGCUAGAGAUAUCUGCUAAUGGUCAUUAAUAUUCAAGAAGCCCCCUACAUAUAAAAUAUGCUAUAAAGUGCCCUUAACAGCAAUUUUAUUAUAUCUGAAUAAUAAAAAUACCUUCACUCUUAAUGCUUCUGAGGAAAAUUAAAGUAAGCCACUGAAAUUCUGACAGGAAUCCUUAGUUUGAGGUAAGAACACUCUUUAUGAAAGGAAAAUACUCGUGUCCUGAUUCUUUUCAGAGUCGUAGCAGUUUUAUACCACUGUGUAAGGGAGAAGAAUUAAAUAUUUAUGCUCAGGGUUAUAUACCUGUUGAUGUAACUGUUUUUCAGGUUUAAAGUUGAAAAUAUGUAUUACUGAUUUCAUUUCUGGUUAAUUCGUAUUGUUUAAGUUGCUGGUUGAAUAUUGGAAUGCUGGUUACCGGAGCAUCAUUUCAAACUGCGUUUUCUGUAUAGCAUUUGAUUAUAGAGUUUAGAUAGGUAUUUUGUUAACAUCUAAAACGCUUAGCACUUCCUUUAACUCGGCUGAAAGCUGUAUGCUAGAAUUUCCAUUCUCCAGCUGGGCGUUAUCUGCUUGGCCUUUUUGUGAGUUUACUCUUAUUGGGCAUUAAUAGAUAUAAGGCCACAGAAUAUAUGUGUGUGUAGUGUUAUGAUACAUUGGUCAGUUUGAAAGUCAGUUUGCUUGUUCUUUUUGCUGAAACUUGAUGGCUAAAUGGUGCAGCUUGUAAGCAGAAAGAUUUGCAAAAUAGAAAUAAAUACAAGAAAACUGAUGCGCAAAGAUAACAUCACGUUCUGUUUAUAAUCACUAUGCAGUUUAUUAUUUUCAUUUUGUGACGGUGCAAGCAUUUUAUAGUAUGUUUUACCUGCAAGAAAAAAAAAAAGCGGUUUUAAACAGUAUAUAAAGUG